GUACGUGUUGAACGAAGUUCCGAUACGCGCGAAAAUUCGCGAGUGAGAAAGUGGCAGUGUUGUGCGAUACAGGAUUUGUAAAUCUGGAGCCGAACGCUUAUUUGUGGAGAGGAAGAUCGUGUGAUGCUACGAUGGCGAUGCGAACGGUGAGGGCGGUGCUGCUCUGCGUGUGCCUAUUGUUCAUACAACAAGCAAGCGCCGAGCUCAGAGGACGAUGUCCCGCCGAAGACGGAGCAUGUCCUCCGCGAGCGACACCCUGCCACGAAGACGACGACUGUGGCGAGCAGAUAUGCUGCAACACUUCAUGUGGAAGAACUUGUGUUGAACCACUUUACACUGGUUGCGAGAACAUAAAGUUAUCAUCAGAGCGAAUAUCAAGGGCCCUUGCAGCGGAAAACACACGGAGUGGACGUGGUUACAUUCGGUCAUUACGAUCACCCAGGUGUAAAGUCUCUGAUGGGGAGUUCGAGGAAAUUCAGUGUGACAAUGAGAUUGUUAGCACAUGCUGGUGUGUCGAUGCAGCAGGGUUUGAGGUUCCCGGCACCAGAGCACCUGCAGCUGGUCUAGUCAACUGCACAAAUUCAGCACCGUGUGCAGCUCAUACUUGCCGAAUGUUGUGUCCGCUCGGAUUUGAGUUGGACAACCGUGGCUGUCCAUUGUGCAAAUGCAGGGAUCCCUGUUCGAGCGUUACCUGUCCCGGGCAACUGUCUUGCCAAUUGGAGCAGACUCCAUGCUUAAGGCCACCGUGUCCGCCUGUACCAACAUGUAAAAGAGGGCGUAGUCUACAAAAUAUUUGCCCAGUCGGAGAACCACUCUUGAUAUCAGAAACUAGUCGGCCUGUCUUAUGUGGCACGGACCCAGGAAAACCAAACUGUCCACCGCUUUAUAGAUGUUUGGUUGAGUCAGGAAACGACUACGGAGUGUGUUGUCCCGCAUCACUAGAGUUACAGAAAGCCGGUACCUGUCCCGCACAAUCAACUUCACCAUCAGACCUUGAUUGUGGCACGCCUUGUGCUCACGAUUUGGAGUGUCCUUCUAUGCAGAAAUGCUGUGACGGUGGUGAAUGUGGUAAACACUGUACACUACCGCACAAUGUCACCAUGUGUACCCAGCAGAAGAUGUUGGCAGAGUUAUUAGUAGUCAGUGAAAAGGAAGGAAGAGGCUAUGUGCCACAGUGUACCUCUGACGGGUCCUUCAUAUCGAAGCAAUGCUCCAGGAAUGGACUCGUGUGUUGGUGCGUAGAUACAGAUGGCAAUAAACUUCGUGGUUCGAUGGGUCCGUCAGAUGUAGUACGCUGCUCUCCAACUCCUCGUCCUGCAAGAUCCGGUGGACGCAGUCUAAGCUCCUGUGCCAGAGCACUCUGCGCUGGAGUCUGUGAAUACGGUUACAAGACCGGCAGUGAUGGGUGCCCAACUUGCGAAUGCGAUGACCCUUGUGCUGGUUUCCCAUGUGCUGAUGGAGAGGAAUGUGUUCGAGUACGCGAUUCUGAUUGCUCAGGCGAACUGUGCACUGGAUAUCCUGUGUGUCGACCAAAAAUCUCCUACGAUAAUCCAUGCGAAGAAGGCGCACCAGCCACUGAUGAGGAAGGCUCGGUCAUUGCUUGUGGAACAAUCCAGGACUGCCCCAGCGGGCAUCUGUGUUCAACUGCGCGUCGCAGCGGCGGAGCUGUCUGCUGUCCAGAUCCUAACUUCAUGUAUAACUCCACAGAAUCGGAGGUUUUAGAAAUUAACUUCGAAUCCUGCGGACCUGAAGUAGAUGCAGUUUGCAGUGUUAACUCGACAAUCAGUUGCACGGAAGGUGUUUGUGACGAAGGUCUCGUGUGCUGUUCUACCGACAGUUGCGGACCCGUGUGCGUAGAUGCUGCAAAAAUGCGUCUGCAGACCGAUCGGGUUGAUGAUCCACCUACAAUGUGCGAAUAUCUUCGUGAUUUCGAUGAGAAAAUGGAAGGCACAGUAGACGGUAUGAAGUUGGCACUUCCGGCUCCAACGUGCAAACCAGAUGGCUCUUUUGCACCGCAGCAGUGUGCUCAUGGACAAUGUUGGUGUGUCGAUUCCUUCGGCACAGAGAUACCCGAUACGAAAACUAAUAAUACCUCUUCUUUGGAUUGUGAAAAGGUACGAUCAGAACUGUCAUGUUUGGAGCUAACAUGUCGCAUGGGAUGUGACUACGGGUUUGAGCUUGGUGCUGGCCGUUGUCCAACGUGUAAAUGCCGUGAUCCUUGUGCUGGAGUGACGUGCUCCGCUGGACGAGCCUGUGCUCUUGUGGACGUAGCUUGCGAUGCUGACUACUGUCCUCCGGUGCCUGCAUGUCUACCCCGUAAAGCUGGCCAGUGCCCAUACUUAGUUCCUUGGACUGGCGCGUGCGAAUGGGCGUGCCGGACAGAUGCCGAGUGUGGCGCAGAGCAUCGCUGUUGCGCGACUGGCUGCGGGACCGCCUGCACAGCAGUGGAACAUCAGACUGCUUGCCAACAACGAAGAGCUUUAGCGCUACAUACAGCGGCGGAGAGUGGAAAUCCACCAUCAUGGACGUGGGUGCCGGAGUGCAAGGAGGACGGAACCUACGCCCAUGUACAAUGUCGCGGAUCAGGCAAGAAAUCAUGCUGGUGUGUUGAUUCAGCAGGCAAUGAAAUCUCCGGAACUCGAUCAACUAAUUCUACGCCAAACUGCGAUGCGCCUGCCACUUGCCCUAACCCUGGAUGUGAUGUAGAGGAAAUAUGCCCACACGGCCUAUUGUUGGACAGCAAAGGAUGCCCCACUUGUGAUUGCAGAGACCCUUGCGCCGAAGCAAAAUGCAGGGACGACGAGAUUUGUGAUUUGGUACCUUUGGACUGCGAGGGAGAAUCCUGCCCACCCCUGGCUCGUUGUUCACCUUCACCACAGUGUCCAGAAGGAGAGCCACUUCAAGCUCCAGAUGGAUCGGGUGCUCUACUCUGUGGACCGAGUGCUGCAGCUUGUCCAUACACUCAUGCUUGUCGCUUUGCACCUCAUGAUUCAAGGCCUUCGGUCUGUUGCCCUAAGCCACGGACCGUAUGUUUUGAAAAUAAAGAUGAAGGCAACUGCGAAAGUGGUGAAGGGUUGAACACUACUCGAUGGCACUUUAACCACGAACGCAACCGUUGCGAACGGUUCCGCUACCACGGCUGCUCGGGCAACCACAAUAACUUCCGUACUAAAGAUGAGUGCAACUCUGUGUGUCCAGUUAUGAAUGAGAAGGGGAAAAUAUGGAAGCAGAAAAGCAGGAGGAAAAUGAAAGGCUCAGAAGUGCUAAGUUCCUGUGAAAGGCUGCGAGAAAAGAAUGAAGCGGCCGCUCUUAAAUAUGGAAAAGGAACGUUCAUACCUAAAUGUGACGCGAGCGGUGCCUGGGAGUCCGUACAAUGCAUGUCACAUAUUGACGUGUGCUGGUGUGUAAGCGCACGUGGAGAACCUCAAAAGGGAUCACUAGUACGUGGUGCAAAACCGACUUGCAAUUUCAGACAGGCUCGCAAAUGGGUGCGAAGAGACCCUCUCGAUGAGAAAGCAAGAGCUGAUGAAGUGCUAGAAGAAUUGAUCAGACAAAUGACGACAUUUAGAGAAGAUGAGUUCGAAGAUUUAGAUGAAGAUUUCGACAACACGGAUGUAGGACCUGAACAUAGAGGUGGCGAUGAUCCGAUUUCAAUAGAAGAUUCAUCAAGAGAAGAUACUUCAGUGUUUUCAGAAGUAAUUGAACCAAAGUUAGCAGAGAGCACGAGAAAAAUAAUAACACCCGUAGAAAUUGUACCAGACAAAACUAUCUUCCGUACUAAGUGUCAGCUGAUGCAAGAAGAAAUCGAUAACGGCGCUGAUGGUUGGCGGCCUAGAUGCUUGCCAGACGGUUCGUUUUCACCACGCCAGUGUGGCCGAGCGCGCUGUUGGUGCGUAGAUGCGGCAGGACAGAUUCGACCCGGUUCCAACGCCUUCAGCACUGACCCUUGCGAGGUAACUCAAAUUGAAUCGGCACUUCUAGAGUUAGAACUGAUAGGUGCAGAAGCGUCAGUCGGAAAUAAGGCUCAAGCUUUACUUACAUCGCGACUAUCUGCUUUGGGGGCCCAUGUUCCUGUCACUGUGAGCAAAGAUCGGGAGGUCGUGAAAUUGCGGGCUUUGCUUUCUGGACCAAGAGCUGCUGAUUUGGUUUACCAUCUUGAAUCACAGGUUAAAAAAGAAAAACUCACCGGUGCUAAUAAGUCGGAAGAUGGAGUUAUCGGCGCAGACGUUAUCCGUAGCGAAUACCGAUUGGUCGCGCCCGCUCCCGCCAUUCAAAGAGAGAUACUUACCGAAUCGACUGUAUCCGCAGCAACCUCAUACCACACAGCUUUAAUCGUUCUAGCAGCAACAUCGGCCUUCAUCAUCAGCGUCCUGUGUGUCCUAGUGAUGCUUUACCGGGCUAGGUUACAGCGGGAACCCCACAAAGCUGAGCGGUUCCUUCCUGCUGCCCCACCCGUAUACGUGCUGUCGGCUGACGAAAAGGCAGAAUUGGCGAGAGUGUUACACGCCCCGCCUCCACCGGUGCCGCCUAACGAUGAUCAUACGAGAGUGUAACGGGUAGAAAGAGUUCCAAUAAAAUUGCUGAGUUGCGAGCGUGAAAAAAUUGAUUGUGUGAUGACGACAUCACACCUACGCAACUGACGUAGAGAAACUUAAGAAAAAAUAGACUGUAACAAACUUCAAUAGCACUUCCAAGCGAUAAGAUUUCGCAGCCCAUAUGUUUAUUUGUCCACCGAAACCCAUAAAUACAACCAGGAUAUCGUACAUCGGCCUAAACCGGCUUUUUAAACAUUUAUUAGGUCUUAAAUGCACUCUCCGAUAUUUUGGCUUUAUGGGUGGUGCUGAUCUAUUUUAAAGGGACUUCAUGGGACUGUUUUUACUGGGCCGAUUUGCUCGUAAUGGGAACGCGUGUAACGAUCGCCUAUUUGAUAACGGUCAGAUGGAUAAAUUUUGUGCAUAGAAACGUUGUAAGACGUCUGACCACCAACAUAUUAUUAUCAGUUGUAGAAUGUUCAGUCAAGUCACUGCUUAUAUCAAGAGCAUGAUUAAGUCUCGCUUACAAGUGUUUCGUAUAAAAGAGGCUUUUAGCUCUUAACAAUGUUAUAUAAAUUUAUUCGUGCCUAAUUCUUUAACAGGUACCUAAGCAAAAAGUACUAAUGGAAAUCUAGCCUGAUACAAUUAAAUUAUGCAGUCAGUGGAUGUCAAACACUUUAUUAUUUGGUCCUAUAUUCUAUAAUAUGGAAUAAUAUUAAUAGAUGAAAGUUGAUUUUUAGUGCUAAAGAUAACCCUUCUUCAGCUUUUGCAAGCAUUAUAUCACAAAAAGCCAACCUGGGCAGCCGAUAGCCAAUAAAUUCAAAUGUUCCGUUAUUGCUCAUAAAAUUACAAUUUUUUCCCAUUAUAAACUAUUCCCUAAUAAAAGAGAUUUCAUAAGUCAAAGAGUAUACAAACGGUUCGAUUCCUAUCAUUAAGCAGAGCAUAGACGCAACGAACAAAUAAUUAGACUGGCCACGUUGGUUUUUGGCCCUUGUUGGCCGUCUGUACGCACCUAAGAAUAAUGAAUAAUCAUUGUUCUUAAGUACGCGCCUUUAUAUUACAACGUUGGAUACGAUUACCGUCUUAAUAUAGUCUUACCUUCUUACUAAUACGUCUCGAAAUCUUUAAAAUAGUCUCGGAGAUCGGUUUGUGUGGUAGCAACUUUAGAAUUUAAAUAGGGUCCAAUUGGCUAGCAACUCGUGAUGUUUAUACUUAUUUAGUUUUCAUGGUACCUAAUAAAUGAAAUAUUAGUACAUAGGGAAUCUAACAUGGCCUUGAACGAAUUUAAUAAACUGUAAAGUUUUGUUUAUUUUACUUUUAUUUUAAAGUCAAUGAGGACAUUUCUAUUCGUUCUAGUGCACAGUCAAGUUUAUAUUUUAUACAAUACUUCUUUAUUUUUGAAAAGA